AUGUAUCUCGCGCGCGAGGGCGACCUGAUCCUCGCGGAGGUGUGGCCGCUCAGCGAGAAGUCGCCCACUGCGCAGUGCCUCAGCGUGGGCACGCCCCUCAAGGGUAAGGGCCGCCCAAAGGUCAUGAGCUUCAGCACAGGCCCGGUGUCGGUGUCGACGCCAUGGUUAGGUACUCGCAACUGUGCAACUUCUUGA